GUCAGAAGACUACAAACAAAAGAUAUGAACACGCCGCCGACACCGACGCCGACGCCGACUCUGCCGCAGUCACUUUCAACGCCAGCGUCGUUGCCAAGUUAGUGACCUUAGAAAAGCGUGAUUUACAGUGAGGAAAACUGCAUUUGGAGUCUCUGAACGAAAACCGAUCGAAUCCAAGUAGGCCUAUUGCCUGACACUUUCAGAUUGUCGGCAUUCACUUUUUUUUUAACCAGACAUUGAAUAGACAAAUCUCUCGGCUUGUAUAUUAAUUUUUUUCUGGAAACAAAUUUUAAUUUUUAUUUGAUUCCACAAUAACUUCCUUGCAAUGAGCCAACGUCAAGUUUUAUGCAUAAAUGCAGCCACAAUGGGCUUGUCUCCGACCCAUUCACAGGCGGAGGAACAGCAAAGACUAGAGCAGGAGCAAGUGAUGGAUGAUGAGGAAGUGAAACAGGUGAAGGGCGAGCCAGAGAGCACUGCGAGCAGUGAGCAAGCGGAUAAAUUUAAGGAUGAACAGAAACCAUACCAAAUACAGACACAAAAUGAGCUGGAAUUGAAGGCACCGCCCCAUGCAACAUGCAGCUUAAGAGAUGCCACUGAUGACGUAGCGGGUUGCAGCUGUAUGUGCACCAGAUCACUUCCAGAGCCUCUAUCCACGGAUCUAUUUCUCAACAAACUGAAGAAGCUGCGCGAGUCAUGCGGUGAUGAGGGCAUGAUGACCUUUAAGAUAAAUAGCAUAUUCUUUAAGCGACUCAAGGACAUCGAUUGCAUGGAUCAACAGGGCAGCGGAGAUUCGCUUUUGGUACAGCAGCUGCGCCUGGCGACAUACCAGGAUUGGGUGGAUAUGCUGAUGCAUGUUAACCAAGUUCUCUUGGGCAAUAUGCCCGCCGUGGAGCUGGAGGCCUACAAGAAGACUGUGAGCUGUUUUCAGUCGGUGCGUGGGGAGCAGCAUGAUGUCCUGGAUGAGAAUCGCAAGAUACGAAAAGAUAUGUGUGCCAUUAUUCGAUUGGUUCAAGAGGCCUAUCAUCGUAGCAACUGGAACACGGAUGAUAUAACCCUGGAGACAAUGACAGUCGAUCAGCUGCUGGGCACUCAGGCCGAUCAGUGCCGUCCGGAAAGUGAGGUUACCAAAUGCAUGAAAUCUCUGGCCAACGAGAUGGCUGCCAAGCAUGAUGAAGUCUGUUAUCUGAAGGCCCAGAUGGGUGCACUGGACGAAGUGGUCCAAACGGCGCGGCAAAAGAUCAUCCUCAAGGACAAGUGUAUAGCACAGCUCAAUCAACAGUUGACGGAACUACAAGAUUGCCUGUCAAAAAUGACUCAAGAUUCCAACAAGGCGAGAAUCGUGGAUGCUCUGGAUUAUAAUGGGGACUUCGAUAACAUGGACUACACCAGCUGCCUAUUCGAUGGCCUCAGCGAGAAGGAGAAACAGGCAAGCGAAUUGCUGCGCAUGCUCAACCGGGAGCUGGCCGAGUUCAUCGAUCUAAUCAGCAAGAAGGACUUUGCCGCUAUGGAGUCCCGCCGAAAGAUACUUUCCUGCUUAUUCGACAGAAUCAACUCAAAUCGAGCCGAAACGCUGCAGAAGCUGGAUAACUUGCGGGGUCAGCUCCGGAAUCUGGACUGCAACUGGAGUCAGCUGGAUAUUCCGUUGGCCUGCAGCACACAAGCCACCGAUGAUGAUAUGGAUAGACAGCUAAUCGAUGGAUUGCGUCGCCGCCUGUACUCCAUGAAUGAAGCCAACAAGGAGCUGAACAACAGAUGCCAGCUCACCGAAGUUGAAAUUCUAGAGCUGCGUUGCACAAGCGACAACGAGCAUUCCAUAAGUCUUAAGAAUCAAGAGGUAUUGAGACAGAUUGCCGAUCUGCUAUCCAAGCUGCAAUGCUCAAAUUUAACAGACGAGGAAAUGGAUACCGAAAUGUCCACCAACAAUCCAUAUUGUAUGGGAAUUUUGAAGAUGUACGAGAAACUGAAAACGCUGGAAAGCAAUCAGGAGCAACAGCACCAGAUGCUUACAAAUGAAGAGUUGGUGUGCCAGAUACUUGGGCUACAGAAUGCACUGGCAGAUCGUGAUCAUAGAAUUGAAGAGUUGCAAUCCACGAUUGAUGCUAGCGCCGAUGAGACCUGUCGAGUCAAGAACCAAAUACGCGCACUUGAGCAAAUGAAAUAUGAACUAUCACAAAAAGUGGUCAAAAUCUCUAGUCUACUAAAAGUGCAAGAGGAAGAGCAACAAAACCUAUACAAGAACUAUGAUGAUCUAGAGAAUAGCUUUGAAGAGCAGAGCAAGGCGCUGAAACGAGCAAAUCGCAUUGCGCAAAGCCUUGAGGAUCGACUUGGUCAAGUGGAAAAACAGCAGGACGAACUCAAAGCGGAGCGCAAUCUGCUGCGUGAGGAGAUUAUAUCACUGAAGGAAAAGGACGCGCAGAGCACGGGACGGGAGCGAGCACUCAACGAGCAGCUGAGAGCCUGUCAGCAGGAAGUGGAUAAGGCUCGUUGCCUCCGCUGGGAAAUGCGUGCUCAAUUCAAAAGGGAGAAGGCCCAGGACAAGGACAUGCUAGAUGGUUUGGUCCGGGCCAACGAGGAUAUCCGAAUGGAAAUUCGAGCCGCCCACUGCAGGUGCAAGGAAAUGCAGAUCAAGUUGAACCAACAGCAGAACGUGACCGAGCAGCAGCAACUGAUUAUCGACACGUUUCGCAAUUGGAAGGAUGCCCAGGUGCGAUCUGACGAAGCAAUGCGCCAGUGCAUCCAACGUCAUAAGGAACACAUCAACAUGCUGAUGGAGCAGAGCCACCAUCAGUGCGAUGAGUACCAGCGCCUAUUUAGGGAUUACCGCCUGCUCGAUGUGGAAUUGCGCCGGGUGAAGAAUGCCGUCGAUGGUCGCCUUUCCUCGACCAAUUACGACCAUCCGAGCGCUGUUGUCCAAAGGGGACAGGAGGUGCACGACGAUGUGAGUGAUUACCAAGCUAAUGUUGCCGCCUCCAACCUCUCUCACCAACCUCCAAAGCUCCCCGUUUCCUACCAGUUAACAGCCAACAUGAGUUCAAAUCCAUCAUUGUUGAGCUUUUCUAAAACAAUUCACAUUCUUAAUCCGCAGAUGACCAAUCGCUUGAGGCUUAUGUGCGUCACAUCGCAGCGCCUCACGGAGCAGAACAGAGCACUCAAUGACGGCAAAGAUGUGGAUCCGAACAGUGGUCAAUCUCCGCAACGAUUUCCUGGCGGUGGCAGUCAGCAAAGUCAUCCCGCACCAGCCACAUUACAAACGCAUCGGACUUGAUCUGUGGAGUAGGGCAGCAUCUUCAUCGUUCGAUUUACUUGUGGUUCAUUGCCAGUUCAAUUUCCACUUGCAUUUUAGUUGUUUUGUAUUUGGUGUUUAAGUCACAUUUUCGGCCAACAAUUGUAAAUUUCAAGUUUUAAGCUGCAAAAAAUUAUGUGUGCUUCUGUAAAAAUUUAUGCGCAAUAAAU